UUUAUCAAUAUUUAUAACUGGAAGAGAAAAUUUAGAAGUGUUCAGAUCAAUUUUGCACAAGUAUCAUAAUGAGCAAGGAAACCUCAACACAAGAAAUGAAAGAUGUAUCAAAACUAAAAGAGGAAGCAAAGCUUCAACAAGUGAAAAAGGAUACACAAGACAAAAUAGAAACUUCAAAAGAGAAGAAUAUCAAGAACAAGAGGAAGGAGGAACCGCAACUACCGGUUUCCGAGUCGCCACGGUCCAUCACAUACCAUUCUUCCGGUGGCUCAUUCUCCAGCAGUGAGGCCCCUCCAGUAGGUGCAACGGCGGCCAAAAUGGCGCAGGACGAGCCGGAUAAGGUUGAAGAAGGCAUAGUGGAUGGGGGACGAAAUAGUGGUUACUUGAUGUCAAAGAAAGAGGCCAAGUUGAUCAUGGUAUUGCUAGGGCUCAGAAUUGCUACAUUUGUGUUGUGUUUGGUGUCAUUUUCAGUGUUAGCUAAUGAUACCAAUAAAGGGCCAUUUUCUUACUCAUUCUACACAUAUAAGGAACUCAACUAUUGUCUGGCAGCAAAUGUGAUUGGGUGUGCGUAUACUCUGGUGCAAAUAUGUGAACUCGUGAAGUAUUUGAUCACUAAAAAACACAUUGGAAACACCAAACUGAUUCGUUGCAUCACUUUUGCUAUUGAUCAGGUGUUGACAUAUUUGUUACUGGCAGCAGCAACCUCAGCUGCCACUGUAACCUCAGUAAUCAAUACAUCCCGACAGCAGCAAUAUGUGUUUUCUGUAAUAAUUCCAUCUGAAUUCGUUAACAUGGCUAGUGCAUCUGUGGCAUUGUCCUUCCUUGCUUUUAAGUCAUUUGCCAUGGCCACUCUUCUCUCUGGUUACAUCCUUUGCAAGUUCAACUACUAACUUGCUAGCUAGUUCAGUUCACGCAACACUACUACUUAUUAUUAGAUUGCUCCACAAAUGCAAAAUGUAUGGAUAUGAGGAAUUAUUACACAAACUCUGUAUCUCUGUGUAAUUGUUCAUGAAGUUUGAUGAUUUUCGUGUUGAUUAAUUAUAAAAUUUAUUAGCACCUGUCCUAAAUUUUCAGAAGCUAGCUAGAUUGGUUUCUGAAGAGGUGGUUUUUACGUUUUUCCGUUUCCUGAACUCUCAAGAUAAUGUGGGAAUGAA